UUUACUUCAGGGCUUUCUUCCAGAAGGGCUUUUUCUCCUGUUGUUUUCUUUUCAAGUAUAUCUUUGUUGCUUUUAUUGUUUGUUUUGGCUAAUAAUGUCUAUAUAACCAACUUUUGUGAACUGGACUCUUAAUUCGAACCUCUCUAGUUCAUUUCCCCCCUGCUUGUUUCUCUGUCUCUGUCAAGUGUCCCACCCCAGUCAUGUGACACCAAGUGAUUUUACGGUACAUUCAGGUGAAAACCUCUAUUAUGGAGGGGCAGAUUUGUAGGCUCACACGGAGGCAAACGGUCAAGCCAAAGUCAGCCUGCUGGUUGAAGAUGCAGUGACAGAGAGCAAAGCAACAGGCUUACCUGCGCAACAGGUGUAGGCUACUUGUCAGCUGGUCAGGGGGGGCUGUCGCCACCAGUUGAGAUGCACCGUUAACGUUUCGGCGAGACUUCCUUUCGGACUCUGAGAUGAACUUAAAGUGGACAGUGAAACGAUUUCUUCUUAUGUCGUUUUCAGUCUCCCACUUGCUGUUACUUGAGGGAGUUCAGAGUCGACUUUCAGUGGCAGAAGGAAGACCACAGAGAAGAGCUAAUGCACUCCGGAGGAAACGGGAUCUCCUCGGGGAGGAGACGUACAGACCAUUGCUGUCAGAGGGUACUCUGUCACGCAGUAUUUUGCACAACUACACAGCCAGAGAUUCCUCUUCAGAAUACUGCGGCUGCCUCAAUGGCGGCUGGUGUCAGGAAGGUGGGGUGUGUGACUGUGCUCAGUUCCAGGCAUUGGGAGACCGCUGCCAGAUCAUACCUAACCAGGGCCAGGAUAGAGAUGGGAUCUGCAGGUCAUGGGGUCAGCACCACUAUGAAACAUUUGAUGGAAUAUAUUUCUACUUCCCUGGAACCUGCUCUUACAUUUUGGCCCAGGAUUGUCACUCAACUACACCGCAGUACACAGUGUGGAUUCACAACAGCAGAGUGUGUGAGGGGAGUGUGUAUUCAUGUCCGAGAGCUCUCAGUCUGUUCUUCCCAAACGAGGAGGAGAUCCACAUCUCGGGAUAUCGGGUCCACCAGGGAGGCCGCAGGUUAAGUUUGCCUCAGACUGUGGGUGGUGUCUUUAUUGAACGACUGGCUGAUUACCUGCUCGUGAAGAGCGUGUUUGGCUUCUCUUUGGCCUGGGAUGGAGGCUCGGGCGUCUACCUGAAGAUGAGCGAGGAGCACCAAGGCACCCCUUGUGGCCUGUGUGGGAACUUCAACAAUGUUGCUGGUGAUGACCUCACCACUGCUCGCGGUAUUCGGACAGAUGAACCUGCGCUGUUUGCUAACAGCUGGGCAGUGGACCUGGCUCAUGAACGAGCCUGUCCCUCGGUGGAUCUUGACUUCAGUGGGCCCUGCCAGUCUGAGUCAGACAUGGAUGAUGCUAUAGAGAAAUGCAGUGCGCUUCUCUUUUUCCCCUUUUUGUCCUGCCAUGAAAACAUCGAUCCCAAUCCCUUUGUUGCCAGUUGUGUCUCUGACCUUUGUGUCUCUGAUGAUGAGGAAACUUUUUGUCGAGCCUUGGUGGAGUACACCCGAGCCUGCUCCCAUGUUGGAUAUCCCGUAAGAGAGUGGAGAGACAGCUUCCCUUCUUGCAAUGACGGCUGUGAGGAGAGUUUUGUGUAUAGAGACUGUAUCAGCUGCUGUCCACCUACCUGUACAUUUGAGAAAGAAUGCCUGGGAACCAAUCUGCAUUGUCUGGAUGGAUGCUACUGUCCUGAUGGUCUUAUCCUGCAGAAUGGAACAUGCAUUGCUGCCUCUCAGUGUCCAUGUGUUUAUCAUGGAACGUCAUAUGUACAAGGACAGGUGCUACAACAGGGAUGCAGUGUCUGUGUGUGCAUGGGUGGUGUGUGGAACUGCACUGAGAAUAACUGCACAGUUGAAUGUUCGGUGGUUGGGGACGUGUUUGUGACAACGUUUGACGGAAGGAUGUUUCUCCAGCCAGGAGCGUGUCAGUAUGUCCUGGCAAAGAGCCGCAGCAGGAGCAGAUUCACCAUCACACUACAGUAUACUACUUGUGCAGAGCAGCAGGUGUGUAUUCAGUCAGUGACAGUAGUGCUGGAUGAAGAUGUAAGUCGCCAAAUCACUUUGACAAGAGAGGGGGAGGUGAUAAUCGGUGUUAACCCAGCGCCUGCCCUGCCAUAUGUCGAUGAUGCAGUCGAGGUGCGCAAGCUGACCUCUGUGUUCACACAGCUGAAGACUGGGAUUGGUUUCAGGCUGCAUUAUGACGGUCGAGGUGGAAGGGUCUAUGUGCAGCUUGACAGCCAGUGGCGCGGACAGACGCUGGGACUCUGUGGAACCUACAAUGGAAAUCUACGAGAUGAUUUCCUGUCUCCAGCAGGUAUGAUAGAGGGCACUCCGCAGCUUCAUGCCAGUGCUUGGAAGGUGUCAUCUGCCUGUGUUGCUCCAGUUAAUCUACCUAUUACAGACCCAUGCGAGAUGAAUCAGCACAACGUAUUCUACGCAUCCCAGUGUGAGGUGCUUUUGGGCACUGUGUUUGCUCCGUGUCAUGGCUACAUCAGUCCAAACAUCUACCAGCAGCAGUGCCGCUAUCAGGCCUGCCGCUGUGGGAGCAGCUGUUUGUGCACUGCACUGGCUCAUUACGCUUACCUUUGCUCCAAACAUGGAGUCAACAUUAAUUUCAGAUCACAAGUCUCCGAGUGUGGAGUGGUGUGUCUUGGUGGAAUGCUGUACCACUCGUGUGUGUCGUCUUGUGGCCGGUCCUGUCGGGCAUUGUCCAGCACUGAGACAUGUACCCCUGAUGACUGUGCCGAGGGAUGCGGCUGUCCAGACGGCAGUUUUUAUGAUGAUGUGCGCCAGCGCUGUGUGCAGCUGUCGCAGUGUCACUGUUAUUCCAUGGGUGGGGUGUCACAGCCAGGAGAGGUGACCUUCAGUGCCUCUGGGCCCUGCCUGUGCAGAAAUGGGAAGAUGGAGUGUGUGCCAGAGGAAAAAGAGCCAGAUAGUAUAGAAGUCGGGGAGUGUCCAGAGGGGAAAGUGUACCACAGCUGCACUGAGCAGAGGGGAGGAGUGGCCUGUGCACCAACCUGCCGCAACCUGAUGUUGAACCUGACGUGCCCACCCAGUACACCAUGCAUACCUGGCUGUGUCUGCCCUUCUGGGCUGGUGCUGCACCAGGGGGAGUGUUAUUAUCCAGAAAAUUGUCCUUGUUCCUGGCUAGGACUUGAGUACCUGCCUGGAGAAACUGUGGAAACACCAUGCUACAAAUGUGUGUGUCACCGUGGCUAUUUUAACUGCAGCUACUCUCCGUGUCCAGCUGUGUGUACUGUUUACAGCGACAGGCACUACCACACCUUUGAUGGCCUCGAGUACGACUACCACUCUGACUGUCAGGUCUACUUGCUCAAAAGUGCAGGAGAGACCGAGGUAUCCAUUGUUGCCCAAAACAAAGACUGCUAUGAGAGCGGCAUUGUGUGCAUGAAAAUCCUGGUCAUUCACGUGGGACUUACCAAGAUCUACUUCACUGACAAUUCUGGCAACCCUAGCCCUUCCACUGUUGUUGGUCGAGGGUCAGAAUUUGAGCUCUGGAAAGCCGGCUACUACAUUGUCAUCCACUUCUCAAAUCAGGACCUGACCAUCCUUUGGGACCGCAAGACAACUGUGCACAUCAGAGCUGGACCUCAGUGGAAGGGUCUUCUCAAUGGGUUAUGUGGAAAUUUUGACAGUGUGACAGCGAAUGAUAUGACCACCUCCAGCCACAUGGAAGUCAGUAACGCACAGACAUUCGGCAAUAGCUGGGCCCUGGGACAGUGUGAAAGCGACUAUGUACUUGAGCGACCAUGUGAAGGGGACUUAGGGAGACAGCCGUACGCCAAAAGAGAGUGUGCUCUCCUCUACAGCGAUGUCUUUGCACCUUGUCACAAUGUUGUUGAUGUGGCCUGGUUCUACAGGAACUGCCUAACAGACACUUGCAAUUGUAACCGUGGGGGAGACUGUGAGUGUCUCUGCACGUCCAUUGCUGCGUAUGCAUACAAAUGCUGUCAGCAGGGGGUCACAAUUCACUGGAGAUCACCUUCUGUCUGUCCCUAUGAUUGUGAGUACUACAAUCAAGAGCUAGGCGAUGGCCCAUUUUCCUUGGUGAGUGCGGUCUAUAAAGACACCAUGUUUGGAGUGAAUCGUACCAGCAGCUCUGUUUUUCCCCUGGUAAGAGAAAGACCAGGGCAGUUGCCUGCCCCAGGUCUACUGUUCAACUUCAUGAUCACAGCAGGACUGCAGAAGGACAGAACAUCACGUGUUCCCAUGGUGUCGCUGGAGUCUGCAGAGAGACCCAACUACUUCCUUGUUGUGUCAGGGCGCAGCCGUCUGCAGUUGGAGCAGUGGAGUCGAGGGGUGGAGUUCAGUCGUAGAGCAACCUUUAUCCAGCACCAGGGGCUGUUUCUCCCAGGUCACACCUCAUUUGAGCUUGUGGCCCAGCCCGGAGUUUUUUUGACACUCACACGCACUGCUGCACGAGCCCAGAGAUACGACACCUCACAGGGCUUCAAAGCCAGCAGCAGCUUCACACUAGAGGAGAGCACUUUUGUAAUACCUUACCGUAUGAUGUGUGAGUGGCGCUACCAGUCCUGUGCAAGUCCUUGUGUCCCCACGUGCAGUGACCCAGAUGCUACACGCUGCCAGUUUCUUCCUCCUGUAGAAGGAUGCUUUCCGCGAUGUCCAAAGAACAUGGUCCUUGAUGAAGUCACUAGAAGAUGUGUCUACACAGAGGACUGUGUGUCUCUUCCCCCAACUCCAACCCCGUUUGCAUAUGUGACGCGGUCUAACAGGACUACUACAGCACCACCCCCAAUACCUAUGACUACAACAACAACUUCUACUACCACCACCACCCCUACCACCACAAGGCCGACAACAACCACUACAACCACCACCAGCACUAGAGCCACCACUACCACCUCCACUACUGUCAGGUCCACAACAACCACUGCCACUUCUACCACCACCACCACUCCUGCUACUACUCCCAGCACAACAUCAGCCACUGAGCGUGUCACCACUCUGCUCACCCCAACUUCAUCCACGUCUCCAUCUGCUACUCCCACCACUAUUGUUUCAACUACUCUCACUCCCUCAACCCCGACAGAAAGCACCACUCUCAGGAUAACUGAAACAACCCCCACUCAAACGCAAACUACUACGGUGACUACAACAGUUACCUCUGCAACACCUUCCACUGCACCCACUGAAGCCACUAUAGCCCCCUCCACUACUUCUCCUCCCUCCCAUACCUCACCCUCAAUUCCUCCCUCCACCACCAUUACCACACCAUCAACAUCACCACCUCUUCCAACAUCCCCCACCUUACCACCCACUACAGUUGUUACAACUACUUCCACCUCAGCUACUUCUGAACCUGAAACCACUACCAAAUCCACAACCACUCCUCAACCUACUCCAGCAGAAACGACUGUCGCCACAGAGGCCACCACUCCAACAGACACUCCAACAACUACAGCACCACCUCCUACAACCAUCGAGCCCACCACUGAGCCUGUAACUACAGAGAUAGUCACAAGUCCUGCAACCAUCCCUGUAACAGAGGAAACAUCAACCACUCACCCUUUCCUUUUGCCCACUAUUCCCUGUACACCCCCAUACUCCUAUCGCAUUGAUGAGUGUGUUGAGCUGAUCUGUUUCAAUGGAGAGCUGCUGCUUCACAACUCUUCUCUCCACUGUCGCUACAACACCACCCAGCCUCAGUGCAGUCUGCUGGGCAUGCCUAUCCUGGUUAAUACAGACCCCUGCUGUCCGCAGUGGCAGUGCCCAUGUCGCUGCACUGUAAUGUCAGACCUGCGUAUGAUCACAUUUGAUGGUAAUAAUGUAGCCUUGUACGACAAUGGCUCCUACAUCUUGGUUAACCUGCCCAGAGAGACUAUUAUUGGCACUGUGGAGAAAUGUCCAACUAGUCAGAGUGUGAAUUCCAUCAGACGAACUAGCCCUACAGGUGGAACAUCUGGACUUUGUUUUAAGAAGCUGAACAUUACUACCUCUUUCUACAGAAUUAUAAUCAACCGACUCGAUCGGAAGGUUACAGUAAAUUACAGACCUGCUAGACUUCCGUUCUCACGUCAGUCCCUUUAUGUGGAAGAUACAGGAAGCAUGUACCUUAUCCACACACCUGGCGGGAUCAGUAUACAGUGGUAUCAUAGCACGGGCAUUAUGGUGCUACAGUAUAUUGCUCCUAAUAAUACAUCUGUGCCCACUCGAGGCCUGUGUGGUUGCUGCGAUGGGAACCCAGAAGAUGACCUGAAACUGCCCAAUGGCACAGUGGUGAGAGAGGUGGGAGACAUGAUGAUCUUCCUGCAGGCAUGGAGAGUCCACACCACCGAUGAGACCGAACACACACGCAGGGUCGGAGACAACUGCACCACUGGCGACUGCUCCACCUGUCUCUCUAUGCUUUACCAAAGAGCUUUCACACCAUGCCACAGCAAGGUGCCUCCGGAGCAGUUCUGUGACAUCAUCUGGGCAGGUGACCUUCAUUACAAGGAUCACCAGUGUGACUUCUUGGCAGCCUAUGUGGCAGUCUGCUACACACAUCAAGUCUGCAUCAACUGGAGACGACACAACUUCUGCCCGCUCCGGUGUCCCCCUGGUAAGGAGUAUCAGCCAUGUGUGAGCACCUGCACCAGCCGCACUUGUCUAAACAGAGAUUACUACGAGGAGACUACCUGUUCCUUCAUCAGAGAAGAGUGUGUGUGCCGCAGUGGAACUAUCCUGCACCGUGCUGAUUCACCUUACUGUGUAACCGAGGACCGUUGCGUGUGCACAGAUAAUGAGGGUAACCCCCGGGCCCCAGGCGAGGUGUGGAAUGGCUCUGCUCGGAGUUGCUGUCUCUACAAGUGUAUGGAGAAUGGCUCUGUGGUGGCUGUGGAACCAGACUGCAGCGCUGUGCCUACUCCACUGUGUGAGAGAGAGGGAGAGUAUGUGCUGGAUGUGCUGGAAGAAGGAGCCUGCUGCCCAAAGAAGAUCUGUGAGUGCAACAUGACCAUCUGUGACAGUGAAGCUCCACCUUGUGAUAAUGGGAACAGGCUAGUGAUCGGUUACAGCGCUCUUUCCUGCUGUCCAGAGUACCGCUGUGAGUGUGACCCCAUGGCGUGCCCUCCUGUGUCUACCCCAGAGUGCAGGGAGGAUCAGUUUCUCGUCGAGGUCAGGGGGCAAAAGUCCUGCUGCUACUCUUACCUGUGUGUGUGUGAGUCAUGUAUCGAGCCCAUUCCAACUUGCUCAAACGGAGAAAUUCUGGCUGUGGAUCUGAACACCACCAGCAGCUGCUGUCCACAGUACCACUGUGUCUGUGAUGUCAAUCUGUGCCCUGAAUCAUCUGUGAGCUGUGCACCUGGUCUCUCUCUUGUCCAAACUGCCGUUCCCGGGCAUUGCUGCCCCCAGCAUCACUGUGAAUGCCAAUGUGAGGACAGUUCUCUCCCCAUCUGUCAGGUGGGGGAGGUGCUGGUGGAGGUUCCAGACAGCAACACCAACUGUGGCUGUCCUCAGCGUACAUGCCAGAAGGCAGAGGUGUGUCUUUUCCAAGGGGUGACAGUGUUGGGCCCAGGCCAGUCUCUGGUUCAGUACUUUGAGGGAGAACUGUGCUACACUGUCCAGUGUCUGCAUCAUAAAGAUCCAGACUCGGGUUAUUAUGCCAUGGAAAUCACCUUUGUCAACUGCUCCCAAAAAUGUGGACCACAUCAGGUGUAUGUGCCAUCUACAGACCCUCAGGUGUGCUGUGGUUCCUGUAAAAAUAUCUCCUGUACUUUCACUAACGAAAACGGGACAACAGAGCUUUUCACUGCAGGGAGUUCCUGGGUGGAGAACUGCACACGUUACGACUGCAUGGAAACUGCAGUGGGAGCGGUGAUACUUGCCUCUGGGGUGGUUUGCCCACCUUUCAAUGAUACAGAAUGUAUUCAGAAUGGCGGUGUAGUUCAGAGCUAUGUGGAUGGCUGUUGCAGGACAUGUAAAGAGGAUGGCAAGACAUGUAAGCGCGUGGCCAUUCGGACAACCAUUAGAAAAGAUGACUGCAGGAGCAAUGCACCGGUUACAGUAUAUUCCUGCGACGGCAAAUGUCCGUCAGCCACCAUAUUCAACUUUAACAUCAACAGUCACGCCAGAUUCUGUAAAUGCUGCCGUGAGAGUGGACUGCAAACCCGCUCCGUCGCACUCUACUGCUCUCGCAAUGCCACAGUCGUGGAGUACAACUUCCAAGAGCCUCUGGACUGUUCGUGCCAGUGGAACUAAAAACAGCUGAAUGAGAGCAAGACAAGUGAAGAGAAUGUCUAAAUAACAGGGUGGGGUAGGGGGAUAUCUGAAUAUUGUUUUACUAAUGGACAAACAUGAAAACCAGCCAUGUCUUUUUUGUUGUCGUUGUCUUAAUACACUUUACAACACUGACUUUGAGUCAUAGUUGUAACUAAAAGAUAUGAGAAUAACUGAUUUAAGGGGCGGAUUGUUUUUCAGAUAGUUUUCUUGCACUUUAGCUUUGUUUUCUGUAAGUCCUGCAGUGCCAACCCAUUCAGCUUCUAGUGCUUUCAGCUGAUGGUACCCUAAGCUUUUUAUCCUACAGUAUAUGAACAUGUUGUUGCAUUUUUAAAUAGCUGUUGUGUUUAAACACUGUAUAUGAAUUUUGGUUUGUCUUAUAAGAUUCAUUUAGCCUUUAUGCUUUGUUGUCUUAGAAAAGUUGAAUUUCUUUCUCAAAUGUAAUUUUGCCCUCCUUUUAGUUUUUACAGUAGUUUAUUAAAAGAUUUAACAGUGCUGUUGUCUAAAACCGACUGUGUCCUCAUGACCUGCAAUGUUUUUAUACUCCCUUCCACUUUCUCUUUCAUUAAACCUUUA